AAUGUAGGAAAAGGCAAUUCAUUAUAUAUAUCUUUCUAAGGGCAGUAAUAGUAUAUAGCUUUCUUAAUUUUCAGUAUAGCUUGUUUCCUUUUGAAUUGGUCAUUAAAUUCAUUUAGAUAAAGCACUUCCCAUCGUACAUUUCAAUUUUAACUUUAUUUUCAAACCUUUCAGAUAUGUUAGUUAGCAUAAAAACAGCAUCACCCAGUAAAUUAAAAACAAUAGAAAACUUCUUCUACCUCUGAUAUGCAGUCUCACUAGAAAAGAAAUUUUGCAAAGUUCUCCUGCCUAUACUAGCAGAAAAACAAGUGGAGAGAUAUAUUGGUGAUUGGAGCGUGCUACAGGUGAUUUCAUGGAAUAUUAAGCAUGUAAAAAGCUUACUGCUAUCAGAGAGAGAGAGACCGCCAUUCACUGAUGAACUGUCAAACAACUCACUACAUCAGUUCAUUGAUACAAUCUCUCAUGUUGUGUAUAUUUGUGUUGUUAAAUUAAUUUCAUUUUAAUAUUCAAAUAUAAAUCUGAACUUUUUGAUUAGAAAAUAUUUUGAUGAUAUUUUUCUCCCAGAUUUAUUAUAGUAUUUUGUGGAAAAAAUGUGAAAUAUUGUAUGGAAUUGUUUCUUUUUGUGAAGUAAUUUCAAUUGACAAAAGUGGGAUCCUUCAGUUUGUCUAACAGUACUUUUGUGUAGUUUUAGUAGCAUAGAUAAAAUAUGGAAUAAUAGACAAUUUGAUAAUGGGGCGACCAAGAUGUUGAAGAGAAUUGUAACCCAUAGCAACAUUGUACCAGGAUGAAGUUUCAGCAGAGACUAAUGAUGUUGUCGUCUGCUGCAAGUCUCACGCUCGUGUUCCUGUUGCUCCUGUACAGUCCAGGUGUGAUGCACGUGCCUAGGGGACAUCCUGCCACACGGCAUCGCAGGGCUCUCUCUAUCGAUUAUGACUUUGAUUCAAACCAGUGGACUCCAGCCUUGCAAAAUCCUCAGUGCAUGGAAAAUGUAGAUGUGAAACAAUUGGACACUUCAACAAUUUUUACACAGAACCUUCCUGAACAGACUAACUACAAAAUUUACAAAAAUAACCAGUAUAAAUUGCAACAUCCAAAUAUCAAAGGAGUAGCAGAAAAAAUAAAUGUAAUAAUUCUUCCUCACUCACACGUAGAUGCUGGUUGGCUACAAACUAUUGAAGAAUAUUAUGUUAAUCAUGUCAAAGGGAUACUAAAUAAUAUGGUUAAAAAGUUAAAUACAUAUAAGGAUAUGACGUUUGUAUGGGCAGAGACAGUGUUUUUGUCUAUGUGGUGGAAUGAGUUGGAUGAUGACGUUAAGCAUCAGGUGAGACGUUUGAUUCAGAGAGGUCAACUCGAGAUAGCGCUAGGCGGGUGGGUUAUGUCCGAUGAGGCAUCAACUCACUACCCUUCUGUAAUUGAUCAGCUGAUGGAAGGUCAUCAGUGGGUGUCGGAAAAUCUGCAUACAAAACCAGUCAAUAGUUGGGCGAUUGAUCCGUUUGGACAUUCCGGAACCAUGCCGUAUCUAUGGAAACAAGCUGGUAUGGAAAACAUGGUGAUUCAAAGAGUGCAUCAAGCAAUUAAGGCAACACUUGCUUCUCAGAAAGCUUUAGAAUUCAACUGGCGACAAAACUGGGAUUUUAGCGGUUCAAGUGAUAUUCUUUGUCAUAUAAUGCCAUAUGUUUACUAUGGAAUGCAAUACACUUGUGGUCCAGACAAACAAAUUUGUGCAAUGUAUGAUUAUGGUAAACCUAAAUCUCUGAAAGAACAACCAACUGGGAGAGAAAUAACCAAACAAAAUAUUGCAACUCAAGCAAAAUAUUUGUAUGAACAGUAUAAAAUGAAGGCAGGAUUAUAUAAAUACAAUACAGUAUUAGUCCCAGUCGGAGAUGAUUUUAGGUUUGAUACGUCACUAGAAUGGGACACUCAUUAUCAUAACUAUAAAAAAGUAAUGGACUACAUCAAUAACCAGAACUGGAAUAUGUCUAUUCAAUUUGGUACAUUAAAAGACUACUUCAGAUUGUUAAGAGAUGAGGAGUUCAGGAAAUCCAAAGGUAUAUAUGACAGUUUUCCAGUGUUGAAAGGGGACUUCUUUCCAUAUUCUGACCAAAAUUCGGAAUACUGGACAGGAUAUUUUUCCACAAGACCAUUUCAUAAACAAUUAUCACGUGACAUUGAGGAUAACUUGCGAGCAGCUGACAUUUUAAGCACAUUAGCAUAUUCACAGUGUAAGAAAUAUGGAAUAGACUUUGAACGGCAUCACGAUGUGGCUAGUCAGUUACAGGAAGUGCGUAGAAAUUUGGGACUGUUUUUGCACCACGAUGCAAUAACAGGAACAGCAAAGCCGCAUGUUGUUGAAGACUAUGAGAACAAAUUGUUAAAAGCUUUUAAUCUUUCACAAAAUGUGAUUAGUAUCACAGCUCAAAACCUUCUUACAGACUGUGAACAUGAUGACCCAGUGAUCUUAAGUCCUGAGAAAUUCCGUACGGACGCACACAGUCCACUGAGGAGAUAUACCGUGACAGUAACAAAACGUGGAACCAAACUGAUCUAUUUUAACCCACUUGCUCAAGAGCGAACAGAAAUGGUCACAUUAAUAGUAGAUAGUUUUAACAUUGAAAUAAAAAAUUCCCAACAUAUUUACAUUCCAUUUCAAAUAAAUCCAGUUUUCACAUCAACAACAAACAUUCACCAGACACAGUUUGAAAUAGUGUUUCAAUUAGAAAUUCCUGCAUUCGGACUGGAGACGUAUACCUUAUACAAAGUAGAUAGAAAUGUGUACGGAUAUUGGUCAACUGUGGAGACAUUUAAUUUGGAACCUGUUCAAAAUCAGGAAAAUAUGAAAUUUAAGCUUAAAAAUUAUAGAAAAGUACAUAAAAACAGCUACAUAGAAAAUGAGUUCAUUAAAGCUAAUUUUGAUAGAAAGGGUAUGUUAAAUAAAGUUUAUGACAAGACAGUUGGAAUAUAUAAUGAAGUGGAAUUAGACUUUAUGAGCUAUUCUUCUGAAGGAAGUGGAGCGUACAUUUUUUAUCCAUCAGGAGAAGCUGUAGGUAUAUUAGAAGAAAUAGUUCCGAACAUCAGAGUAAUUAAGGGACUAUUUAUGGAACAAAUUCAAGUUGUAUAUAAAAAUUUGUACCAUUCCAUAACUGUUUUUGACACACCUAGUACACAAGGACAAGGUUUACAUGUUGAAAACAAAAUUGACAUGCGUUCCAAGGUCAUGUCUGACAAUGAAGUUAUUAUGAGAAUUAACAGUGAUGUGAAAAACAGUGAUGGUUCAUUCUAUACUGACCAAAAUGGUUACCAACUGAUUGGAAGAAAAACAAAUUUCAAUCGUAGAAUAGAAACAAAUUAUUAUCCAAUUACCACAAUGGUGGUGUUGGAGGACAGUGUUAAGAGAGUAACUUUGCAUUCUAAGCAGAGUCAUGGAGCGGCCUCACUGCACCAAGGAUCCAUAGAGGUGAUGUUAGAUCGUAAAGUUUUGAGUGAUGAUAAUCGAGGACUUGGUGAAGGUGUGUUUGACAACAGACCAACCAUAAGUAAUUUCAUUCUUCAGUUUGAACACAAAAGUUCUGCCGUUCCUGUGAACAAUUAUCACAUUGCAUUUCCUUCUUUAGUAAGUAGUGUUAUAAAUGAGUGCUUGCAGCAACCAGUCCAGACAUUAUUCACAACUGUGAGGAAUGAUGUGUUUCUGCCGAAAAUCCAUCCAAAGAGUCAGUCAAUUCCAUGUGAUGUGUCUGUUGUGAGUUUGAAAAAUUUAGUUACGUCAGACCUAGUCUAUAGUGGUUCCAGUUUAAUCAUUCAUCGUAAAAAGUUUGACUGUAAUUUCCCUACAGCCGGACUACAGUGUUCAAUAACCAGCACAAAUCCAACUUUAUCAUCAUUACUACCAAAUAUUUCCAUCUCAAGUGUAAGGGAAACAACUCUUACACAUCUACACAGAAAGAGUAAUGUACUCUUGGAGAAAGAACUUGCAAUUCCCACAAUGGAGAUGAUGUCAUUUCUUCUUGAUUUAUCAUAGCACUUAAGAACAUAUAAAACAAUUAUUACACUGUGAUCUCAAUUUUCAGGCUUGUUCAUACUUUUUUAAUAUUUAAGUUUACCUGAUAUUUUAGAUUGUCUUCUUUUUCUAGAACUUACCUAGUAUUUUGUACUUGGACUCUGCAUUGUUAUUUUUUCUGGUCCUUUGAGAGUCAUGGAGUCCAGUCAGUUUUAGUAGGAUAGAAUUCUGCUUAAGCCAGUGCUAGGAGGCGAGAAGGAUGUUACAUAUUUUGUUGCCUCUCAUGAACAGAUUCUUUUAACCCUUACCCUGCUAUGUUUCUAUAAUGGACUGGUCCAUCUUUCAACUUGGACAGUACCACUUAUUAUUUAAAGGUGUUUUCACUGAAAAUUUACUGACUGAAUAGCGAACAGUGCAGACCAUGAUCAGACUGCACGGAUGUGCAGGCUGAUCUUGGUCUGCACUGGUCGCAAAGGCAGAAUCAUCUGCCACCAGCAGGCUAAGGGUUAAAUCGAGUCUGCUGUUACUUGGUUGCAACACAAUGCACUCCGUGCUUCCAUAGGAUCUUCUUAUAGAUUUUAUUAUGUAUGUUAAUUAGUUUACUUUAUACUUCCUACAACACAUUGACUUUGCACUGUAUAUGUUGCACAUACAGCAGUAUAGUAGGAUUACACAUAUUUCAAGACAGCAUGAAAAACAUACUGUGUAUGUAUUUUAUAUUAUUUGUUUGUUGGUUUCUUCAGAAAAAACGUGUAAGAAUGUAAUUAUAUAAACAACUAUUCUGCUUGUUAAUUUACAAUGAUUUUUAACAUAUAUAAAAUGAAAGAGCAUGGCAUUCCCUUAGUGUGAAGCCCUGUAUGUGCUGAAGCCCUGUAUGUGCGGUGUUUUUACUCGCCUGAAAUUGCUGUUUUUUGUGUUGAAUGGGUUAGGUACCAGUUAACAUGAGUGCUCUGUAAACUUCAUAUUUUCUAGAUUGAAUUGUUACAUUUACUUGACAGAUGUGACCAUUUCAAAACAAAUAUAAGUCCAUUAGGAAUUACUCUUAUCUGUUGGAGUGUUUUGCAUAAAAAGUCCUGAUGCUGUUAUAAAUGCUGAAUAAUUUUACAGUUUAUUAAACAUAUUUUUAUUCUUCAUAUCAUAUAUCCAGUUAAAUUUUAAAUAUACGAGAUGGUCAGUGUUUUGAUUUAAAUCUAAGCGGCUAGUAUACAUCAAAGGAACUUGAACUGCUAAAGUCGUUGGCGACGUUCUACUUAUCUGUAGAUAAAAAGGGACUUAUGCAUAAAAAUAAAUUGCUUGAGGCAGAAAUAGUAUUUUAUAGUAUUGGUAGAACCAUUGGUGCAUAGAAACUUUCGCUAAUUCUUGUCCGUCCUGUAAUAGUGUACAAUAUAGACUUUUUAUUCAUGAUAUUAAGUUAUUUCUCUCUGUGUAUAUGUAUAGUGUGUAGGUUGUAAUUAAAGUGCAUUGUACAUAAUAAUACACAUUAUAUGUAUAUAUGUAUUACAUAUUACAGGCCCAAUAUGGCAGGUUUAUUGUCCUGAUUUGAAACACAUUGUUGACAAUGAUAUUGUGAUUGUUCAGUGUGCUAACCUCCCCCCAGUUGCAGACCCAAAAAUGCACCAGAUGUCACCAUUUCACACCAGAGGUCACCAUUUCAAAUCAGAGGUCACCAUUUCUUACCUAUUAUUCAAAUAUUUCCUGACCCAUUAUAGGAGUGGGUACCCUCCCCCGUACCUACCUUAGAGGUUGAGAAACAACGGUUUAACUGAAAUGAUGUCUGCUGAGAGGUUAUUAUAUGCCUCAGCCUGUUCAGUGUUCAGAUUAAUGUUAUUGUAAACCUAGAAAUGGUAUUGCGCUCUUUAAGUUGGCGACUUUCGCUGUCAGUGUGUUUCCGCGAAUUUUUGUAGUCGCGAAAUAACCAGCUACUGUGAAAAUGUGAAAGUAAGAAGUUUUCAUUGGUUGUCGGCUGCAAAGCUUCUCCACGAUAUAUUUAGUAGUUUACGAUUGCUAAUUGUGUAUUGUGGAACGUGAAUUUUGUUCAUGAUCAUAAAGCAUGGUUGAUGAUAAGUGACCAGUUAUUUGCCCAGUUUGUAAGCAGUCUUACCUUACGUGCUGAAGGUACCUGUAAUUUUGCCUGCGACUGUUUGUUUUGUUCUAAAGCUACUCAAUUUUCACCUAUUUCGUGUACGAUGUAUGCCGCGAAGCUUUAUAGCCGCUAAAUGCCUGUUGUAAUAAAAACACAAAAUACAGUUUUCCCAAAUGUUUCUAGGGUUACAGUAUUUGGGUACUACCAAUUUAGAUGCAGAAAUGCACUAUAGGCCAUCAUUUCAUAACUGUGUUUCUCAAAUUUUCAAGGGAUAUGUCCCCCACCUAAAGCUUUGCCAGUGAGGCUUUCAUUGGGGAAGGGGGCCCAUCAUCCCCUAUAAAAAAUGUUUGGAUCCAAGCUUGAUAUUUUUUCUCCAUAUGAAGCAACUGUACUGUGAUGUAGUGCUGUCAAAUCCAAGUUCAGAUCAGAGCAUGUGAAAGCAGAUCAUAUUAUGUAAAUUUUUGUCUAGGAAUCUGUAAACUUUGUCACCUUGGAAAUAAGAUUUUGUGACAUUUUGACAUUUCUGGUACACAUUUUAAUAUUUCUGGUGUAUUUUUUGUCAUUUUGGGGAGAAAUGGAGAAGUAUUUGUGACAUUCUUAUGGAUUUGAUGUUUUUGGAGUAAACAGUUUUAGCUUCCACGUCUGUUUUUUGUUAGGAUUGUCCACUCACUUGUUUAUAUUGCACUUGGUACUCUAAGGAUCAUAUUUAUCUCAUGUUGAAUGUUGUAUUUACCUACAGAUCAUAUGUUACUUAUUUGCCGUUUUGCAUAUGAUGCAAUUCCUUGUGUUGAUCAUUCCAUUCUUUGUUGUUUGUCGGUUGUGUUGCAGAUUUUACAUUUGGCAACAGAAAAAUUAAAUGCUUAUUAAUUUAUACCUGAAGGUGAGAGAAAAUUUUCUAUGGCUGCAGUGGUCUUUAUUAUACAAAAAGGCAGACCAAGGUUUCAGAAAGAGUUCAAGUUGUAUUUUAUUGAUAUUCAACAUCUGAGGUGAACAUUUUCCUCUCACUUGAAUACAACAUAUUUAAGAUUCCACAUGUUCUAUUUUUCAUUUGUAGAUCUGUGAACACUAGUGCUUUUAAAGUAUGUUUGAAAUGUAAUUAGAAACUCUUCCCUAUAUGUGAAGUUUUCAUUAUUUUGAAGAGUAUGUUGAAGACAAACCUAAUUAGAUUCUUACAGAUUUCAAAUAUUCAUGAACCUCAAGUACGAGAUAGUCCAACAGGAAGAAUAUAGAUGCAGUUAAUAUAACAGGCUAUAUACAUGGUGUGAUCACUUUUUGCAUGGACACAGUACAAAAUUUGAUUUCUUUUGAAAAAGCAUAAAGAGGUUCAGAAUUCCUUUAAAAUUAAGUUAUGUCUGCUUCCAGUAGCAUGUCAAAAUUACAAUGGGAACCAAUGCUAAGUAACUGGCAGUAAAAUUUAAUCAAAUCUUUUAUUUAAAAGAAAAACACUUGUUGCUGUAUGAAUAUACAUAACAAACUUAGUUACUCUUGCCUACUAAAACUGAUAUCUUUUCCUGGAACUUUUGUACUGCCCUGGAAUAAAGUUACCAGCACUUUAAAAAUCUAGCCGAUGUAACGGAUUUAGUCCAACUGUCAUUCAAAAGGAAUAACCUUCAUAUUUCAGACCUACAUUCAACUAGUCAAAAUUUCAUACGCAAGAAUUUUGGGAAUUAAAUCACUAUUAAAGCACAGUUUUCAGUAUUUAUGUAUGAACGAGGAAAGAAGAAUGCCGUUCACCAGUAUGGUGGUAGUUAUAUUGUAUGUGUGUACUGUGAAAUCAUUUAUAUUCGUGGGGGACUAAUUUUCAUGGAUUUCGUGGUUCAGUCAAUCCACAAAAUAUAAUCCCAACGAAGAAGUAAAAUUCCCAUUCAUUUUAUGUUAAAAAGUUAAAAUCGACGAACUCAUAUCCCCACAAAAUUGCCGUUUUGAUCAAAACCACGAAAAUACAUUCCCAACGAAAUUAAUGAUUUUACAGUAUUUGAUUUGCUGUACAUUUAUAAUUAAGUUUGAAAUGUUUUGUACAAAAAGCUACUUUUUGUGAGUGAAUAUAUGUACUAUUGAAAUAAAUAAACCACAAAUUUGA